GAGAAAAUCUAUAUAUUAUUAGCUCAAUCCCAGCUCUCAAAUUUGAACGUUGAUUCAUUCUUCUUCAUCCAUGGACUCACUCCCAAAGUCCUUCAAUCACAACAAGCGCCUUAAAGAAGAAUUCGUGAGCAAUUUGAGUGGAUCUUCAAUACUCGAAAUCGCCGCGCUUUUAACAAAUGUCACUAUUCUGAUUCUUCUGCGCCACUCGUUUUCCUCAAAUCCAUUUCUCUACGCGUCGUUGAAGAAAAGUGAUAAUGAAAUUGUUCGUUCUAAGGAUUGGAGGGCUUACAUGGCUACAAUGGCCGUUGAUUUUCUGGUCAUUGUUCUCCCCGUCGUCUUUUUUCUCACCGUUCUAGCUGAUUGGACAUAUAUAUGCACAAUUUUGUUGACGAUGUUACUGUUUUUUAGCAUUGCAGCCAAAAGAUCUGGUUCUGCUUCUCCUUCCUUGGAAGGAGGGAUCCAUUCUCUUAAGACAAUAAUUUCAUCAUACAGGGUUUCUGUGAUGAUUGGAACGUGCUUGUGUAUCUUGGCUGUUGACUUUAGAAUAUUUCCUAGAAAGUAUGCUAAGACUGAGACUUAUGGUACUAGUUUGAUGGAUCUUGGUGUUGGCAGUUUUGUACUGGUAAAUUCAUUAGUUUCACAACAAGCACGAAAUGUCUCUGCUAUGAAUUGGAGGACUGCACUUCAAUCUACUAGUCCGCUAAUCAUUCUAGGAUUUGCACGUCUUGUUUCUACAGCGGGUGUGGACUAUCAGGUUCAUGUGGCUGAAUAUGGUGUGCACUGGAAUUUCUUUUUCACACUUGCAGCCAUAUCCAUCCUUACAUCCACAAUUAAUGUUCCCGCACAAUAUUCUGGAAUUCUUGGUUCAAUAGUUCUAGUAGGGUACCAAAUUUGCUUGAUGCAUGGGUUGAAUUUGUAUCUGCUUUCCAAUGAAAGGGAAAUUGACAUCAUCAGCCAAAACAAGGAGGGAAUCUUUAGCAUUUUCGGAUAUUGGGGUAUGUACCUUCUUGGUGUCCAGUUGGGUAACUAUCUAUUUUUUGGAAAUGGAAAACAUUCGUCUACUAUGUUGAGAAGCAAUAGAUGGGCCAGGAUAAGAGUCUGGGUUCUUGCUCUUCUGUUCUGGAUAAUAACUCUGCUUCUUGACAGAUACGUUGAAAGAGUUUCUCGUAGAAUGUGCAAUUUGACUUAUGUUUCUAUGGUAUUGGCCUUAAACCUACAGGUGCUGUCAGUCCUAAUGCUUUCUGAUUACAUUCCUGGAAGUAUAACUUCAACACUGGAAGAAGCAUUUAACCGGAACUUACUGGGUGCAUUUCUUCUGGCAAAUCUGCUCACGGGGCUGGUAAACUUGUCUGUGGAUACCCUGUCUGCAUCAUCACUCUCAGCCCUUUCUAUCCUUGUUGCCUAUGCUUCUAUUUUAUCAACUGUUGUUGGGAUUGCAGAUUUUUGUGGCAUUAGGCUAAAAUUCUGGUAGAGUAAUUAGCCAUGGUCUGUAGCUAUUUUUCUUUUUGGUAAAAGCUAUCAUUGAAAUGACCAAAAUUCUCAAUGCAAAUCCAUGUGCCUGGCAAAAUUGUUGAAACUGAUCCCUGAGAGUUGAUGCACCUGGCUUGCCAUUUCCAAGAUGAUACAUUAUAAAGCCCUAGGAAUGCAGAGACUGAUGAUGGAACUCAUGGUCCCAAUGGCACACAUUACACAAGAUAUCAGGAACACCCAUUAUCUUGCACAUGAAGAUGCUUGUUAUUUCCACGUUACCUUAUGGAAUCACUCGUAUUAUUUAUAGAUCAAUGAUCAUAUUUGCCCAUUUAUACAAAGCAGAACAAAAACAAUCUACAACUCG